ACGCGGCGGGGGGAGGAGCUUAAGGGCGGGUCAGCUUCUCUGAACAAGUUUGGGAAGUUCAGAGAGAAACCGGCAGAAGAGGCGCGAGCUCCGUCUGAUAAUGCACUGGGAGCAGCUGCUGCGCGCGAGACACGGGAAGGUCGAGAGGCUGGAGGGCGGUCUGUCGGACGGGUCGGUGCUGGGCUCGGAGGACGGCGGUCUGGACCCCCAGCGCACACGGCAGGUCAUCGCUCAGCUGAAGCAGAAGAUCCUGAAGCUCACGGAGCAGCUGCGCAUCGAGCAGGCGGCCCGCGACGAGAACGUGUCCGAGUACCUCAAACUGGCCAGCAAUGCCAGCGACAAACAGCAGAGCGCCCGCAUCAAACAGGUGUUUGAGAAGAAGAACCAGAAGGCGGCGGCGAGCAUCGCCCAGCUGCAGCGUAAGGUGGAGCAUUACCACCGGCGUCUGCGUGAGGCGGAGCACAGCGGCGUGCAGCGGCAGCCCAAAGACGUGCUGAGGGACAUGCAGCAGGGCCUGAAGGACGUGGGGGCCCGGGUCAUCACAGGCCUCAGCGAGGGGGUGGUGGACAGCCUGCACUCCGCCGCGGGGGCCGUGGCCUCCAAACCGCGUGAGAUCGCCUCGCUCAUCCGCCACCGCUUCGGCAGUACAGACAACAUCAGCGCGCUGAGGGACGGGCCCGAGGACGCCGAAGACACCUCACACGGCAGCGACGAGGACUGCUCCAGUGCCACCUCGGGAUCCAACAGCGUGACCGGGGCCAGCUCCCGGGGGAACACACUGGAGCGGGGCCACAGCAGCAGUCUAGACACACUGAUGCAGGAGCUGCAGGAGCUGCGAGACGCACACACUCGUCUGGAGGAGACGCUGGACACUGUGAGGAGCGGAUACAUGAAGGAGUGCAGGCUCGUGAUGCAGUCACUGCAGGAGGAGAGGUUCAGGUGUGAGCGCUUGGAGGAACAAGUCAAUGAUAUGACGGAGCUCCACCAGAACGAGAUCCUGAACCUGAAGCAAGAGCUGGCCAGCAUGGAGGAGAAGAUCUCGUACCAGUCCAUCGAGAGAGCCCGAGACCUGCAGGAGGCUCUGGAGGCGUGUCAGACGCGUGUGUCUAAGAUGGAGCUGCAGCAGCAGGUGGUUCAGCUGGAGGGUCUGGAGAACGCCGCGGCCCGCACACUCCUGGGUAAACUCAUCACCGUGCUGCUGGCCCUCAUGGCUGUCCUGCUGGUGUUCGUCUCCACCGUCUCCAACUGUGUGGUCCCUCUGGUGAAGACACGCAGCCGCUCCGUCUCCUCGCUGCUGGCCUUCCUGCUGCUGGCCGUGCUCUGGAGGAACUGGGACUGUUUCUCAGGACACACCCCUCGCCUCCUGCCUGGGCCCCGGUGAUCCCGGGACGACUGCUGCUGUCUGACCGUCUGCGCAGUGAUUGAAUGACUGGGGUGUAUUGCUCCAGCAGGUAAAAUAAGUACUGAACGCAUCAGCAGUUUCCUGUUGGUGCUGAAGACAUGAGAUUUUCACCAGAUGUCAGAAACAGCCCAAGUAAUCCACACACACAAGAAAACAAAACAGUUACGUUCUGUGUAAUCAAGUAGAAGGACACAGGAAAACCUAUCGAACACAUGAAGAAAGGGAGGUGCAAAGGCACGGAGAGCCAAGACACCUGUUGAAUUCUAUCAGUCAUUAGGAAGCAAUCCCUCGUCAAUGGAAAUGAAUAUUAUCUUCAGCUCCAACACAUACAGUAGCAGGAUGAUGCAGAUGAUUCCAGCGAACACACAGACAAGGAAACUCUCACUGGGUUUCAGAGAAAGAAAAUAGAACUGCUCGAGUGACCAGCCAGUCACCGGACUUGAAUCCUGUAAUAAAUACGUUCACAGAAGAGGCUCGCACAGACCCUUUGAGAUGUGAAGAACGGGUCAAGAUCACACCUGAGCAAUGCAUGUCACCAGUUUCUCCUUCAGGAGGCGUCUCGGAGCUGUCUUUACCAACAAAGACUCUUCCACACAGUGUUAAAUCAGUUUCACUGGUGCAAUACUUUUAUUUCUGAACUUUUUUUUGUUUUGUAUGUGUGGAUCUCUAAGGUUGUUACUCACAUUUGGUGAAGAUGUCAUGGCUCAACAGCUCCUUUAGAAAGUGGUGAUGUGUUCAAUUCUUAUUUUACCUGCUGUAUAACAUGAAUUUAGUUGAAUGUAGCAUUCACACAAAAGAUGGAGCUUCUGUCAUAUGCUUGUGUAUCUUCUGAUGAACACAAAGGGAGAAGUCUCCAGCUCAUUUCAUGCAGCUCUUUGUGUGCAAUAUAAUAAUGACUCUGAAUGAUGUCAAACAUUAGAAUGAACAGAAGCUGUGAACUGUUAGCGCAUGGAUCAGAGCUGUAGUGUACCUUCUCCUGCUGUGUUCAGUGAAAGAACAGCAUGUGAUCAAUCAUGAGUGUGUGUGGACAAGCGUUUCUUCUGAAGGAGGACUCAACCGCCGCAGAGAUCAUCCUUCCUCUGCUUUCAUUACUGUUUACGGAUGUUGGCUGUUUACCAGCUCUGUCUGAUGUACAACACUGUUUUAAAUGAAGUAUUAAUUUAUUGUAUAUUAUGCUGUCUUACUGGACCUGUGUCAGUCAACAGAGAAAGACAACGGUGGUAGCUGUUACUGCUUCUUCAGAAUGUCUGAAUACAGUAUUUCUGAUGUUGUGUUUGAUCUGGUGUUGGAGAGGGUUUUCUGAUGAUCUGUAGUGCUGGAUCGAGACUGUUCUGAUGAAUUGAGACUGUUGUGUGUUUGAUGAUGACCAAAUCUCCUCUCCACUCGACUUGUGUCAUUCAGAUUCUCAUCAGUCUCUCGUCUGUCUGUGCAGUCAUGUUUAAUAGUUCUCAAGUCGUUUAAUGAUACUCAGGGGAAGUCCUCUGCUGAAGCUGUGUUACUGUGUGUGUGUGUGUGUGUGUGUGUGUGUGUGUGUGUGUGUGUGUGAGAGAGAGAGAGAUCUAAAACCAUUCUAGUGCCUUCAAAUCUUUUGUUAACUUUUGUAAUAAAGAUAAUUUCUGACUAGA